AAGAUAAAGUCGGUUUUUCUGGGCAUCAGUGUGUGGUUACUCAUCAGUGUGAAGCUGUGCUUAAGGAUGAAAGCGAUUAUCUUUACCGCUUUAAUAGCGGUCUGCAGCUCUGCCAAUCUAGAUCGCAGUUAUCUUCCGCCAUCUUCAGCUAAAGCGGCCGGGGGCUCAUCAGAUAUCCUACAACCUCCGAACCUUCCUAUUGGAAGUUAUGAAAACGACCAUCAAGGAGUCGUGGUUGAUGCCGCAGUUGGAAUAAGAGCCUCAGAUCAGUCUGGGCUGUCAGGUCUAGGAGCUUCAAGAAUCAGCUACGGGUCCACAAACUCAAAAGUUGGAGAAGCGGCAUUCAGGGACAAACAUCUUCAGGGUGGAAUUUCUUUUCUCCCGCAAGGAUUUGUAGACUUUAAUAGGCCAGAGAGGAUUCAGGCCAGUCGCGAUCGUAUCUCCAAUAUAGUAAGGCUUGAGAACAACUUGACCCCUGAUAGCUACAACUAUUUGUACCAAACAGAUAAUGGUAUAAGCGCCGCUGAAAAGGCUGUUGUUGUCGAUGGAGUAAGGGCGGAAGGAGGGUAUUCCUAUACUGGUGAUGAUGGGCAAGUGUACACUGUGACGUAUACGGCUGAUGAGGAUGGGUUCCAGCCUAAAGGAGCUCAUUUGCCAACACCUCCACCAAUUCCACCAGAAAUUAUGAAGUCUUUGGAAAAGAAUGCAAAAGAUGAAGCUGCGGGGUUGUUUGAUGAUGGCUCCUACGACGCGCAGAAGUACAAUACCGCCGGUGAUUAUUCAGACAGCAGCGAUAAUGAUAGAUAUAACGACAGACAAUCAAAUAAAGUUGCCAAUCGACCUGGAUCUAAUUCCCCUUCAAGCUUUUUCAUUACUCAGAACAAUCAGGCGUUUAAACCUAACUUUAGUAACCAGGCAGGCAUCUUCAAUAAUAAGGAACAAGCUAACCAGAUUCAAUUCCAAACUUCAGAAGGUACAUCUAAUCUCGCAACUGACACUACUCCAGGGCUCAUUAACAAACCAGAUAUCACCCAAGCAAGUUUUCUUACCAAUAAUAGGUUUGGAGAAACUAAUCCCACACAAAAUUUAAAUCAGCAGACAAUCUCAACAAGUCAACAGUUUUCUCAACAAACUUUCGGAGGAACAUUAAAUACAUCGGUAAAUGAUGGUACACCUGCGUCAUCGCAAGAUAUUGUUAUACCCCUUUCCCAACAACCUUUGCAAAAUGAGGAUAACACACAAGCCGCAUUUCCAUCGGGGAAGCCGUUUAAAAUAAUGAAUACCAUACAGGGUAUUCUGCCAACACAAACUAGCUCUUUAGUUUCAACCAUAAACAACAAUGGAAACAUAAUCAAACCAUUCACAGAGACAAAGCCAUCAGAUGCUUUAAGUUCACAAGCAACUAUUUCACCAACCAACCAACCAUCCAGGGAGCUUACUACUCCUUUUGAGACAACUGUAACGUCAAACGUUGGUACAGACCAUAAGCCUGUAAACACUUUUUCUUCUCAGGUGUUUGCACCAGUUAACUUUUUUACAUCGCCUCAUGCUGGUAAGCCACAGAAUAACGAACAACAGAGUCAGUUGACAAAUAAAUUCGAAGAUAACAUUUAUAAUUACAAUAAACCAUCAUUGUCUCCAGAAACAGUAUUCCAAAAGCCAUCAUUUCAAGGAUCCGACGAUAAGCAAGACGUAAAUAGAAUACCAGUAAGUCAGCAAAACUCUUUAACACAGCAACCAAUUAAUGGCGAAAUUUACCAGUACAACAAGCCAAUAUUGUCACAGGGAUCUUCAAAUAUUCAAGGCUUUGGUCAAACACCUUCCAUAGAGAGCUUUAGCCAGAAUUCUAACAUUAAACAACAAAUAUCUGCAAUUCAAAGUACUCCGUCAAAUCAACCGGGCUCAACAUACGAAAGUAAUAUUUAUGAAUAUAAUAGACCAACUUCAAAUUCUAAUCAAAUGCAGGAAAUGUCGACAACAUCUUCAAUAAUAAACGUUAAUCAGCAGCAACAGAACUUUGAGAAACAAAAUCAAUUACCACCGAGUCAAUCUACAAAUAAUAUUGAAAAACUCGAUCAACACAAUAAGCCGUCACUGCAACCAUUCAUGUUAAACCAUCAAACUUCACAGUCAAGUACAUCAACAAAACCCUCCUUUGGAAGUAGCUUUCCAAGUAUGUUUCAGCUAAAUUAUAGUAUACAAACCCCCAAUUCAUUGAAAGAACAGACAACCUCUGAGAAUUUAAACAGGACGCCACCACAAAGUACUUUUGUACAACCACAACCAACUAUACCUUCGUUCAGUCAAACAAUAAUUAAUCAAUUCAGGCCACAAGUGCCCGAUGCUACUUACGACAUACCUUCCAAGCCCUUCCAGCAACCAAAUUCAUUCUCUGAUCAAAGUAGAAUAACUCAAAGUCCUCAGUCUUUUGGAAAUAUUAAUAAACCAACCUCGCAGCCGAUUCUACCAUCAACUACUGGUAAAUUUCUGAGUUCAUUCCAAAACAAUGGCAUUACUCAAGCUUCAAUUUCUUCAUUUGUCCCGAAUACUGCCUCACUAUUCAACCAGCCAACGAAUUCGCCAUUCAAUUCUAGACCAAGUUCUACAUUUGCCCAAGCUGCUGCAUCAACGGGACCAUUUCCAACAUUGCCAAGUUUGAAACCUCAAGAGCCAACGCCUAUUUCACAGUUUCAACCUUCUAAUACAUAUGACGGUGCAAUCUAUCAGUACAAUAAACCCGAAGAAUCCUUCCCUGCUAAGCCUGAAAAAAGUGAAGAGAAAAUAAUAGAAACACCCCCAAUAAAUGGUCAACUCAAUCCCCAAUUUAUGUUUAGUUUAGAUAAUAAAGGCUCUGUUAUUGAAAAGUUUGAAUUCAAGCCAGUAUCAUCACCCCAGGUGAUUCCUACACUUUCCAACACACUACAAGGACCAACAUUUGAUCAAUUCAAACCAGAUCAAAGUAAGCUUGAAGCGUCAAAGGAAGCGGAUUCUCGUCCGAUUGGUUCAACAAUUCUUGGUAGCGCAUGUUGUAGUGGGCAUUUGCAACAGAACAAACAAUUAGGUAAGCCCGAAACGAAUCGUAAUGAAUUAAACGCACAAUCGUUAACGCUGCAAGAAGCAAGUUCAACAAUCAAAGGGGAACAAUUUGAUGUUAAUAGAAUACCAUCAACCUUCGACUCAACGGGCUAUCAUUAUUAAUUAACUGAAACGCAUAGCAAAUUAUAGUGUGAUAUUAUUCUUAAUGUUUGGAGCAAUAAAUAAAUUAUUAUUUUAUAAAA